AUGGCUUUACAUAUUGAAGGAUCUGCUCAGGUCUUAUUAAAAUCUGGGGUGUUUCUGAAUCCAGCCCAGGUAUUUAACAGAGAUAUGUCAGUUUUAGUCACCUCAGUUUACGCACAACGACUUAAAACGAAACUAGAAACUCAAGGCAGGCCAUUUCAAGGAUUAAACAUUUUGGAACCAAUGGCUGCAAGUGGGAUAAGAUCAAUCCGCUAUUAUAAAGAAAUCAAUCAGCCAAUCCAAAGACUUAUUGCUAAUGAUUUGAGUCCUGAAGCUGUUGAAGAAAUCAAACAAAAUUUUGAGUCUAAUAAUGUUAUGGGGGAAGUCACGCAAGCAGAUGCAUGUGAAAUUAUGUACAGAAAUAAAGGAGUUUGGGAUAUUGUCGACCUUGACCCUUAUGGAUCUGUUGCUAGCUUUAUAGACGCAGGGGUUCAGGCUGUUAAAUCUGGAGGACUGCUAUGUGUGACAAGUACUGACGUUUCUACGCUGUGUGGGAAUAAUCCAGAUACCUGCUUCUAUAAGUAUCAAAGUAUCCCUACAAAAGCUAAGCAUUGCCACGAGUUUGCACUAACUCCCCCCCCUUGAAGUUCGACCAAGAUAUAGGGAAAAUUCCUAUUUUUUUGGAAAAUUAAACCCCCUCAAAGUUCGACCAAGACCUAUAUAAAUUUACUAGGAAAAUAAGCAAUUUUUCAAAAAUUUUUAAACUAUGUGGGGAUGAGCUUGCGAUUUUUGUAUUCAAGUUCUAAAAAAGCAUUACAAAACCAUCUUGCACUAUUUUUUCUAACCCUUACACCCUCUCAACCAUACAGAAGAAUAUGAUAAAUAUUUUUUUUUAACUACUAAAUUAUAUAAAAAAAAUUCUAUAUAUUUUUUUUUAAAAAAAUUUUUCUUAACCCCCCUCGAAGUUCGACCAAAAAAAUCUAGUCGAACUUCGAGGGGGGGAGUAAGAGUUUUACUGUAUCAGUUAAAUGCUUCAGCUAAUAAAUAUCAGCUUGUUGUUAAGCCUCUCCUAAGCCUUUCAGUUGAUUUCUAUGUCAGGGUAUUUGUACAGGUAAUAUCAUCAGCCCUUGAAGCCAAAAAAUCAAUAGCAAAGUCAGCACUUGUAUUUCAAUGCACACAAUGUCCAGCUUAUUAUUUGCAUUAUUUAGGCAGAGAAGGAAGAAAUAAAUAUACCACAAAUGUAUUUGAAGGGCAUUCAGUAUGUCCUGAGUGUGGAGGGAAGUUUUUGAUUCAAGGGCCAAUCUAUGCUGGAAAUUUACAUGAAAAGGAUUUUGUUGAUGAAGUUAUACAGACUCUGGAGGAAAGAAAUAUGAAGACCCAUGACAAAUUGAAAGGGGUCUUAGUCUGUGUCAAAGAUGAACUCGAUAUUCCUUUGAAUUGGGAUUUGUCAAUGCUCUGCAAGUUCUUUAAAAGCCAAGUUAUGUCUCAAAAGCAAUUUAGAUCUGCAGUGAGGUCUUCAGGCUUAAAUAUAUCGCAAUCUCAUACACAUCCGAUGAAAUACAAAAUCAAUGUAGAGGUCAGCCAACUUUUUGACAUAUUUAGACAUUGGGUAAAAAUUAUAUAGAAAAAAACGAUUGCAAGUGACCGAUAUAUAAGUAAUCUACCAGAAGAUUCAGCUGCUGUUAGAGUCUUAAAUAAAGAGCCAAAGUAAGUUUAACUUAGAACUCCUUGUCCGGACUUCGAGCAAGAAUUAACAGAGCACGAACAAAGUGUUUUGAGCAGCAUAAGAUUUCCUCCUAAUGAAGCUAAUUGGGGACCAAAGCCAAGAGCUAAGAGGCAAGCAGACACAAAUAUUGAUGAAAGCAAAAAGAAGAAACAAGAAAUAGAAGAUGACACAGAAGAAUAA